AUGAAGUUCUCCGUCGCCAUCCUCCUCCCCGUCGCUGGUGUCCUCGCCGCACCUACACCUCCCGGCAUCCCCAGUGCUUCCAGUGCCCGAACUCUCCUGAGCGGCCUCACUGUUGCUGCCUGGACAAACACCGGUACUUACGACAGAGACCUCUUCCCCCACUGGGAGACAUACGAGGGCGCCUGCAACACUCGCGAGUAUGUCUUGAAGCGCGACGGUGUCAAUGUCGUAACCAACUCAGCUUGUGCUUCUACUUCUGGCACCUGGAACUCCCCGUACGACGGAGCUUCGUGGACACUGGCCAGUGAUAUUGAUAUUGAUCACAUGGUUCCUCUGAAGAACGCCUGGAUCUCCGGCGCUGCAUCCUGGACAACAGCAAAGCGAACCCUAUUCGCCAACGACGUGACAAGGCCUCAGCUGUGGGCAGUCACCGACAACGUCAACCAGGCCAAGAGCGACAAGUCUCCCGAUUCCUGGAAGCCUCCCCUGACGAGCUUCUACUGCACCUACUCCAAGAGUUGGAUCCAGGUUAAGAGCUACUGGCAGUUGACCAUCACCAGUGCCGAGAAGACUGCUCUUAGCUCCAUGCUUGACUACUGUUAG